GAACCUUAUAGCAGACACACUCUAUUGCUCCCACCCACAGAAAGUUUUUUACAGAAGUCAAAAAGUUCCUUUUUCAUUCUACAGUCAAACAGCGGGCCUUGUUUAUUUCUUUUUAUGUGACACAGCUGAAGGCCUGAGAGAGUAGCUUAGGUCAAAAGUGUAUGCUAUACAAUAAGAGAGAGAGAGAGAGAGAUUUUUGGGUUUUCGUUGAGAGGAAAUUUUGAAACAUUGUGCAAUGGUGCCGCAAAAGUUUUGAAAGGUUGGGUUUUGCCUGCAAAGCGUCUGCGAGUCGGUCCGUUGGAGGAGAGGUCUCCAUGUUGCAUCCAUACAGAAUGGAGAGCUACCUCAUCCCACCCCAGCACUCAGAAGAAAUGUACGAUCCUGAGAUCUACAGACAUCAAAUAGCAGAAUAUUAUAAUCCAUAUGUCUUAGAUACAGAUAUCCAGGCAGAUCACUGGGACUACCACCCUCACCCUCAUGUACACCCUGUAGAGUUUGAAAACCUCCAAGAGGCCAACUUCACAGAACUGCAGAGUGUGCAGGCUCUCCACCCGCCCGGCCUCAUACGACACGACACCAUACGAUACGACGCAGAAAACCUGCUCGAUCCAAAUCUUGGGGCGCAUCCACAUGUGUUACAGCAACCAGUAGCGUUCUUCCCUCGAGCUGUGUAUCCACCACACGUGUCCCAGCGCAGCUCUGAUGACGAGGAUCAUGAAGGACGAAGUCCCCCGCUCGAGGUGUCUGAUGAGGAGUGUCUGAGAGAUCGAGUCCCUUAUGUCACACCAGGAGAGCUGGGGAAUAAAAAGAAGAUCCGUUUGUACCAGUUCCUGUUGGACCUUUUAAGGAACGGUGAUAUGAAGGACAGUAUCUGGUGGGUGGACAGAGACAAAGGGACAUUCCAGUUUUCUUCCAAACACAAGGAGGCUCUCGCACACCGCUGGGGAAUCCAGAAAGGAAACCGCAAAAAAAUGACCUAUCAGAAGAUGGCUCGUGCUUUGCGCAACUACGGCAAAACUGGAGAGGUGAAAAAGAUAAAGAAGAAGCUGACGUACCAGUUCAGCGACGAGGUGCUGGGGAAGACUCAUCUGGAGAGAAAAUAUCUGUAGGCAGGAGGAAUACUGAAAUGUCAGGAUUUACUCAUGAAAAUUGUAGUUAUUGUUUUAGGUGCUUAAUCAAAUGUGCCAAUAAGAUGAAUUGCAUCUUGUGAAUAGCAUAAUUACUGCCGCACAGUGGGUUCAGUAAGUGAUAUUACAGACAAAAGACAAAAGAGGGAAGGCAGAGGAGGAUGUAGUAAUUACAAUGUAUGCGUCUUAGGCCCUGGGUCAAUGUGGUGCCCAGUAUGUAUUUUUAAAUGUGGGUGCACACACAUAGCUGUGGAAGCCCAUUUCUGCCAUUGUGAUAAAAAAAAAUUCAUUAAUCCAAAAAAAUAAAAAAUAAAAAUAAAUAAAUAGAAACUCUAAAAAAAUAAAAAUAAAACACUUAAUAUCUCAAAAAUAUUGAAAAACACUUAAAAUAAUUACUAAGUAUCAUAAUAAUGACUUAGUAUCUCAAAAUAAUGUGAAUCUUUCUCGAAAUAAUGACGUAGUGUCGUAUCAAAAUGUCAAGAAAUAAGAAUUAUUAUCAAAAUAAUGAGAAACUGUUUUAAAAUAAUAACUUCAUAACUAAAAAUAAUGAGAACAUUUCUCAUUAUAAUGAUGUAGCAUUUCAAAAUAAUGACAAUUUUUCAAAUGUAAUGAGAAACUUUCUCAAAAUAAUGAGAAAAGUUUCUUUAAAUAAAAGCUUAGUGUCACAAAAUAAUGAGAAAUGCUCUCAUAAUAAUGACUAAGUUUCUCAAAAUAAUGAUUUUCUUAUCUCAAAAUUUAAAUUGAAUAUCUUAAAAUAAUGACUUAAUAUCUCAAACACAUACUAAGGGAUACUAAGUGGUGGAAAUGGGCUUCCGUACAUAUCAGUGUAAAUUCUAUCUUAAAAUGUCUUUUUAAGCAUUCUUUUUAAUAUGAGGGUCACAUUUUGUUUUAUAACAUUGAACAUUGAAACAUUUGAAAGAAGGCCUGUACCUUCUCUCUAACGUUUGACUCUCCUUGUGUUGGACAUGAUUAAGUUCUCUUUAAGUUGUACAUAUAAUUGCAGUGUAAUAUUUAAAAUAGCAAGUAUACACAAUGUCAUUAACCUUUGAGAACCAUUUUGAUUAUUUACAUGUUAAGAAAUGUUUUGUACAAAUACAUGAAACUCUGUAUGUUAUAAUGAAUUGCUGUAAAAAAUAAAUUGUUCAUAAACAUA